AUGGUUUCUAGCCGUUGCAAGAUCUCUCCAAUGAUUCCCAUUUUUAAGUCGAAGAGAAUAAGUGCUCAUCUCAGGAGAAUCAACAAACCUUCAGUCAAAACAAUUCAGAGUCCUGAUGGUGAUCUUAUAGAUUGCGUUCCAUUACAUUUACAACCAGCUUUCGAUCAUCCUGAGCUGAAAGGACAGAAGCCACUGGAUCAACCAGAGAGACCCAAGGGUUAUGAAGAGCCAGAUUCGGUGCCGGAUAGCUUUCAGUUGUGGACGAAUUCAGGCGAGUUGUGCCCAGGAGGAACAAUUCCGAUAAGAAGAACCAAAGAAGAAGAUAUAUUAAGGGCUCGUUCUAUUAGAAGGUUCGGAAGUAAAGGACCCACGCGUCCCGACGAGCAGUAAGUAUGAGGUUAGUAUAUUAAACCGGAGAAUUUUGGAAACGCAAAGGAAAUUCUUCUCCUUGAUCCCAAGUUUUUUAUAAGCACAGAGAACAGAAGAAAAUGGCGAUUCAGAUAACAAAAUGGUGGUGCUUUGAUCUUUAAAAAACGAGUCUUUAAGGAUUUGGUAUUCAAGUCUGCGAUUUUCAGAUUUCUUGCUUACUAUAUAUUUUCCUUUCCGACGAAGUAGCAAGUUUUGGGAAUGGGUAUUGUUAGAUCCAUUCUGGCUUUAAGCUCUGUUCAAAAUUUCAUGAUUUCCUCUUUAAGAAAAUUUCAUUUCUCCCUCUUUUCCGGAAGAUAAUGCAACAAUGGAAACUGGGUUUCUCUGUAACUCCUUCU